GAAUCAUAACGAAGACACGAAAGGAAAUUCAUGUGAAAUUGACGAGUUCGGCAAAGCUCGCUAUAACAUCUUUAUUGACGAAAUUGUCAGACUAUCAAUUGAUCGUAGAUGUUUUACCGAACAUGAAAUGCUAGUACAAGCUUUUACAAUGAUGUCUGGGGGAUUCGAAACUACAGCUUUAACUGUCUCAUAUAUUGUACUAAUGUUGGCUUUACAUCCCGAGUACCAAGAAAGAGUUUUUGAAGAACUUCGUGAAAUUUUCACAGACCAACGAUCUGAUGUGACUGCGGAGGAUAUCUCAAAGUUCAAGUACACGGACCAAUUUAUCAAAGAAACAAUGCGAUUUACUCCAACCGUUCCAUUUGUAACCAGAUACGCGAAAAAAGAUUUUCAAAUUGGAAAACACACAGUGCCAGAGGGAACCGAGUUAAUUGUAUCUAUUUUCCAUUUGCACCGAAAUACCGCUAUUUAUGGGGAAACCGCAGACACUUUUGAUCCAGACCAUUUCCUUCCAGAAGUUGCUAGAGACAGACAUCCUUAUUCGUUCGUUCCGUUUUCCGCAGGAAUGCGCAAUUGCAUCGGCAUGAAGUAUGGACACAUUGUGGUUCGUAUGUUUGUGGCAUGGAUCGUUCGAAAUUAUCGCUUUACAACAAACUUAAAAAUGGAAGAACUCACUUUCAGGAUGAAUAUUACAAUGAAAUUAGCACAAGGUCACAUGGUUCAAGUACAUAAACGAGAAAAUUAUUGAGAAACAUUCAACUGAAAUAUAAAUGUGAAGUCAUUCAAUCUGUACGCAAUUCAAUUUUAAA